AAAAGUUUUCUUUCCUGAGGAAAUGCCGAUGCCGUUCAAUAUUUCAUUUCAUUUUAUGGUUGUGUGUGAGUAUCACGAAAAUCAUGUUGACUUUUAAGCUCUACUACUUAUGGAUUAUAUAUUUCUAUGUAACUUUCCUCAAUGGAUUACUAGGAUCCUCGCCAUCAUUUGUGUGUAAAGAAGCUCAGCAGUCGUCUACCAACGGAUCUUUUAAUGCCAAUAUUGGAUGCGAUGAAGACAUUAAUACCUUCUCUCUGACCAAUGAUAGGAUUAACCAGUCGUGGUCUGUUGAACUGGAAAACACUGAUAUCAUUAAAUAUUUCUUUGUCAUCGUUGGUACUGCGGAAUAUCAAAUGUAUGUUGUACAUAGUAAUGGUAUACAGUCUUCGAAGCAUAUGUGUAUACCAGAAGGAAGUAAUCGAAAAUCAUAUCAACAAUUGAUGACAUGUGAAUAUCCUAAUGUUGUCACUGGGAAGGGGAAUAGAAUUAUUAUUCGUCAAAUAGGAAAUGGACCAUUGAAACUAUUUGAAGUUAAACCUUUCGGAUUUUCUCGUUUAAGUAAAACAAUGAUACUAAAUCAUACGGAUUUUUUGGAACCAAUUUCCAAAGCCUUAGAUGGGGACAUAGUCACAUAUUACAAUUCAAACGAAGAUGACCAGGCAUCUUGGUUCCUGAAACUGGAUAAAAACUAUCUGAUGAAAUGGAUACUCGUAUCAAUCAGAGGAGGGAAUUAUGACGUAUACGUUAAAGAUGGUGGCCAAACAACCAAUCCGUCCACAUUGUGUCGGAAUUUCAGUUUUACUGGACCAAAUUACUUAAAGAGAAACAACAAAGCUUUGGAAUGCUACAGAGAAAUGACAGGGGAUACAAUUGUAAUAAAACGAAGAGAUGAUACAUCAAUGAGGAUUUUUGAGGUGUACCCCAUAAUUUGUCCUGAAAACCACUACGGACCAGACUGCGCUAAAUGCAAAGCAGAGUGUAUAUCCUGUAGUCCUAUAACUGGUGUAUGUUACCAAUGUCAUGGGCCGUUCUACGGGGAUUUCUGUCAGCACACAUGCCCAGCAAACUGUUUGAACUCGAUGUGUGACCAGGGGACAGGUAUAUGUGAAAAUUGGAAAACAGAAAUGGUUACACACCAAUCAGCGUCUGGCGAAGACACAACUAUUACUCAGGAGAUGGACGUCAUACAAGAUUGGAAAAAGCAAAUUACUACACACAACAUCGCCUCUGAUGAAGAGACAUAUAUUACUAAGGGAAUUGACGUGAGACAAGAUGUUGGGUCCAACAGUGGAGAUCAGACUCGAUCCAUCAUUUUACUAUCUGUUCUCGUGGUGUUGGCUGUGUUUUUGGUCUUUACUGUGGUUUUCUUCUUUAAAAAAGGGUAAUCCUUUCACAGAUCACCGAGCGAUUUCAAUAAUUGAUGUUUCAUUGACAAUGAAAAAAAAAAAAGAAAUAUCCAUAGACAACCUAUUUAAUUGUUGAUUAAACUGACUCCAUCAUGUUGCGGCUGUAUAAUGAGUAUGGGUUGUACAAUUAAGUACAUUUGCAAAUCCUAAUGGAGCAAUGUGCAUUGUUGAAGAUUCCUUAUUUUACGAGAAUAGUUAACAUCACGAAAUGAAUCGUAGAUGACAAGUCGUGAGAACAUGGAUUUGCGGGUUCUCUGUUGAUGAUGUGCAAAUACAUAUUUCUCAGCAAUAUGUAGGAAUAUACCGUAAAUAGAAUAAUAAUUCUGAAUUGCUGUUUCUUGUAUUAAAAUUUGUAAAUU